CUCGGGCCUUCGUCGAGUGUGCGUGUCUUAUGUCGUUGCUCUCGCGCUGAGCGUACGCGAGCGUACGGGCUUGUCACUGAGAAAAAAAUCGAGCGCUCGCGCGUAGCAUGUCUUGACGAGUAGGAGGGCCGUUUCGACAAGGGUUUUUGGCAGAUAAGGAUUCUGCAAGAUGGCGGGCGGUCAGCAGCUUCCGGAGCAGUACACGGUACCACAGUACGCGAGGAUCUUUCACAGUCUGCCGCACCUGAACGUCUCUCUACAUUCGGUCAAUAACACGUUCAAUCCGCACUCCGAAAUCUAUUUGGAGAGCCUUGGGAUAUUGGGAAGCAUCCCUGCAGCCUGGUUGAUCUUAACGUUGCUGGUAUUGCUGGUUUAUUUGGUAACGAGAUGCUGCGACCGGAGGCCGCGCCCCAAGAAGUCGAUAACCGCGCUGAAGUGUUCCCUGGCCAUCCUGGCGUUGCUCUGCAGUGGAGCAGUUGCUGUUGGUCUUUAUGGCAACGACGAUGUUCACAACGGCUUAGUGCAACUGGUAGCCGCGGCGAAGAAUGUCGAUGGGAUCCUCAUGGGCGUCAGAAAUCAGACUGACACUAUAGAAAUGACUCUAAAGAAAAAAGUGCAACCGCAACUGACCUCCCUGGGUGACGAAUUCGACGCUCCGGUUGGCAAUAAAACUAUGUUAGGAUGGUUGUUAGUGGCACUUAACGGUAUGAAGCAAAAUACGAGCAUCGCCGUAAAUCGGAGUUUCGAGAUACGGAAACCAUUGAGCGGUAUCAGUCUUGCUGGCGCUAUUGGAAUGGGCGAGAAGAUCGAGCAAUUACGAUGGCCUAUCACUAUGGCAGUCUUGAGCGCUUUACUUGUUCUUUGUGUGGUCCUGGUGGUUGGCGUUGCACGGCACUCCAGAUGCGUCCUCAUAACAUUCUCCGUAUUCGGCUUGUUUGCGGUAAUCGUCUCUUGGCUCAUGGCGUCCUUGUACCUGGCCACUUCUGUAGCUCUAGGCGAUCUCUGCGUAUCACCUGACGGAUACUUAAGCAGAGCCGUACCGUCGACCUUGGCCUCCGAGGUGCUCUCGUACUACACGCAUUGCGAGAACACGCGCAGUAAUCCGUUUACGCAGAAAUUGCGAGAUGCGCAGCGGGCGGUGGGCAACAUGAGACAAAAUCUGAACACCGUGACCAAGUUAGCGUUGGAUCUGUUUAAAGAUCAGCAUCUCCAGCCGAAGGUCAGCAGCUUGGCCACGGAUAUUAAUACCAUAGACAGACUUGUGUCAGGCCUGACCACGUUACUCGACUGCAAACCUCUGCACAAGCAAUACGUUCAUGCCGCUAAGAGUUUAUGUCACUUGGGAUUGUACGGAUUGAGCUUUAUGCUAAUAGCCAGUUUAGCCGCAGGUCUCUUGUUCACUGUACUGGUUUGGGUGGACUCUCAUACGUGGAUAUAUAUACGAAAACGAAGGGAUUACCAUCAGGUUGAUGAGCAAGAUCCUUACUUACCACCGUCGGCAGCCUCGCAAGCGAUAGCAGCGCGGACCCUUCGAGGCCAAGGGUCGUACCCGCCUACAGCCCCUACGCUUAAUUCGAAUGCUCUUGGCACUCAUAAUACGAUUAAGCAGCCUCUCUUGCUAACGCCGCCCCCACCGUCCUACGCUACUGCGACUGCUCGAGCACGUCAACUGCACGAGAGCAUGCUAAAAGGUGGGGGUGUUAACGGGAGCGGAGCAGGCGGAGAUCAUAAAUCAUCUCAGCAUAAUCAGCAAUCAACGGGUGGACGAGCUGAGCACCGUUCUGGACUCGGAGAUCAACCUGGCCAGUACGCGACUCUGAGCAAACAGUGCAAAACACUAGAGUCUAGUAGAGAACCACCCUGGACGCCCAGCGUGGCAUCCUUCACCGGUACCCUGUCCCACAAUUCGCACGGACCUGCGCAUCUUGCUACUUUCCAAGACUCUCGGAAGACGCAAACGUUGGAUCCAAAGAAUCUGGCGAGUCUGAAGAGAGGCCCCACUCCGGCCUGGAAUCAAAAUCGACCGCUUCCGCCGAAUCCCGUGAGUCAGCAGCAGCCCACGUGGGAGUUCGAGUCGCGCUCGCAGACCAAUAUGAAUCAGUUUCGAUCGUUGGUGCGUAACAAGGCGCCCAACAUUCGCAUCCAGGAUCAGAUGCAGGAUCAGGUCAGGACUUUGGACAGAAAUUUUUCGCGCAGUCAGUUCAACGGUACCGCCCCGCCGAAUAACACGGUGCCGAAUAUGUACGGUACGUAUAAUCGAGCGCAGGGAAGGCAGGAAAAGCCGACAGUGGCCACGCUAAGUCAGGUACAGGGGAGCGAUCCUAAUCUGUAUGCUGUUACGGAACUCUAAUUAUGGUCAAAGAAAGAAGAGAGAGAGAGAUAAACGAUGUCUUAUUCAAUGAAUGAAUCGUGAAUAUUCAAGAAACGUCGUAUUUUAUCGAGAAAGAGUUUUGUCUUUCGAUGAAGCUCAAGUCGUGCGAUUCGGAGUUCCUAUUUAAGAAGAAAAAACAUGGCAAAUCGAUUUCGGGAAUCUGCGAUAAAAGCUGAAAUAAAUAAGGGAUGAGGGGACGGGACGAAAAAAAAUCUUAGAGACCUUAGAAACUUGUGUGAGACAUACUUUAUAUCCGAGAUUUUGUACUUGUAUAUCAUGUACAGUGAUUGUGGUACGUCCUUCUGUGUUAGCCUCUCUCUUUAUUACAGCGUUCUUAAUUAGAUCGUGUAAUAUUUAGAGAGGAAUAGGUACUUAAAGAGUGGCGAUGAGACGUACGUAUUUAUUUGGUUGGUUGGUUGAUCGGAAAGCUGCAUCUUCAACGAAUAAGCACAAAGAUUUUCACAUGAAAGAUAUUUACAUUGACAUCAUUUACAGAGACUUUACUGUUUCGCUUGUUCAUUCUAAAUUAGCUGUUAAUUUCGCGUACAAUGUUUAACUUAAGGAAAGUUAUAAAUAUCGUUGAAUGGUCUCCUGAAAAUAAUACCAAAAUAUACAAUGAAGGGAAGGGAGGAGAUACCGAGAUACGGUUUUUUAUAUAUACUUUUUACAUUUUAUCACCGAGGAAAUCUACGUUGAAUUUUUCUGUGAGAUAUGCAAUACACUUUAUAUAUGUGUGAACGCGUAUAUAUAUACAUAUAUAUAUAUAUAUACACAUUUCUAGUUACCGGACGAAUGUCUCGUGAUUUUUACGAGACACUUUGGCAGAAUUCGAUUGAUUAUGCUCGAUAUAAUACUGCCAAUGCUUAGGCGAAUAUAUUUUUUAAGUACAAACAUGAUGGUGUAGCACAGAUGUUAUGCGUUUUCAGUUUUCGUACGCGAACGAUAAAAAAAAGAAAGGAAGAAAGCUAAAACACGCGCAUGUAUGUUCAACUUAUUAGAUAAAAAAGAUUGGAAUCUACUUCCACACAAACAGUACUAAUUAAAAGGUACCACAUUACUCUUUUUUUUAAGAGCAGUGGAAGAAAUGGAUCUAAAAUCGAAUCUUACUACACUUUGUAAGGGACGAGAAUGAAUUUUCUGCGGAGUGCAGUCUUCCUGAGAGACAUUCUGUAACACUAGAGAUAUACCGGGUAUUAAUAUAUAAUCUAACGAUUAUUUGAUAUUCGUCGAAUAGAUGAAUAUUAGAUAACUAUUUUAACACCAAUCUUUUGAAAUAAUAGAUUCACGUAAACGUAAAGUAAUAAUGAUGAAAAGCAUUUACGAAAAGGCUGAAAAGAGAAAAAAAAGGCUCAUCUUCUAAAAAUGUUAAUGUAAUUUUCAGUAAUGAUUUCCCGCUUGCUAUUAGAUAUUAUUAUAACCGCUACGUUUUUUAAUCACAAAUAAUUAGAUCUGAGUCAAAAGGAAUAAUUUUAUGUCAUAAUAAUCAGACAAGUGUUGUUUAAGAUUAUUGUCAGAGCAUCUGAUUGACAAUUCGCCAAAUCUUAUGCCUGAUGAUGACUGUAGUGUAUUCGGUACAUCUCUAAUCUAUACUAUUUAGAAAUUUGUAUAAGAGUAACAAUGGAUUUUGCAGCAAUUAAAAGUGACUUUAUAUUGGCAUCCGCAUAUAAUUCAGUAAAUCUGUAUAUAAACAGUAACAGUUAAGAUUAUCGAAUAAACGUAAAAAGUGUGAUAAAUCGAAUCUAGAUGUUAUAAUGAAUUCGUGGAAGCGUUUUGCCACUUUAGUUGACAGUCUGAUACUACGAUAUUUACGGGAUGCGGGAAGGAAAAUCGUGCCAUUCCAGUGUAACGUAUGCAUUUAUCGCAAAACUACUUUCCAGAAUUUUUCUUAGGAACUUGUGUUUAGUCGAAUAACAAUUAUAUAUAUAAUUAUAAUCGCAGUACACACCAAGAAUUAAAAAAAUGAAAGCGUGAAAUAGCAAGAGAACUUAAUCCAAUGUAAAUACUUGUAAUAUUUAUUACAGAGCGCGAUAGCUCGUAUAGACUAGUAGCAUAUAGUUUAGUUUAAAUGCGCUAAUUUAAGUUUUCGACGAGGUAAAUAUUAAUAAUAAAUGUGUACACGCGGUUAUAUCGGCCGCGUAAUACGAGAUGAACAAAAAUGUCUUUUGUUCAUUUUAUAUGUAGAGAGAGAAGGAUGGAAAAAAGUACCCUAGUCAGUAUAUAAAGUUGAGUACAUUCGAUAACAGAUGAAAAGAUCUCUUGCCAAAUUUUUAAACACGGCUCAAUUUAAUCAAGAAAAAAACAAAGAAAAAAGAACUUAAAAAGAACUGCUCUUUUUCUCAGAUAUUUGUAUCGUCACUAUUAAUACAUAUGAAAGCUACUAUAUUAGUGCGUGAUUGCCCCGAUACAUGUUCUAGAUUAAGAAAAAAAAUUACUUAUCGAUCAUAUACAAAAUAUCAUCCAGCUUCAGUGUUUUUAAAGAAAUGUAUUUAUUAUACUCAAUAUAUGUUUAUUUGUUUUA